AGUGCUACAGCAAAAUGCACAAUCUACGAACUCAAUUUAAAGUGGAGCACGCCAAAGUAAAAUCAACGAAAAGCAGUGGCGCUGGGAUGAACGACAUAUACAAACCAUCUUUAUGGUAUUACGAGAAGUUAAUGUUUUUGGCGGAUCAUUGCUUGCCACGAAAAAGCACAGCCAUAGGCCUGACUCAACAUUCCAUGACUGAGGACAAUGAAAGUGAAGAGACAUGCAGUCUCUCUUCUCAAAGUGUGGAUAUACAACCAUCACCACAUCAAAACAUCGAAGGCUGUUAUAGUCUUGAUGUGGAUGUGCUGAACGAUGUAUGCAUUGGGGAACAAUGUGGAGAAGCAUCACCACCACCACCACCACCACCACCACCACCUACCCAUGCCACUCAAAGCAGGGAUGGAAGAAGAAAGAGGCCUGGUGAUGGGUACAUGAGUGCUGUUGAGGUCAUAGCUAAUAAAAUAUGUGCCACCCAAGACCGCCAACAACCCUCGGCAGAGCUAACUUUGGAUAGCUGCAUGAUAUUCAUUGGUAACCUUGCAAAGGAAAUCAAGAGCAAUGAAAUCAGAAUGCAGUUAAUAAGAGACCUUGUUAAUGUAACAACAGAAGCAGAACUGAAAGAUCUACAGAUACAAAUGCAGAACUCGAGUGAAAGUGAAAUUGUGUAA